GAUCCUGUAUUUACUAUCUUCGGGCAGCUUUAGCUUCAGACUGAUGACCAAAAACAUUUCUUCUAAAAAGUUUAAAAAUAAGCAAUCCUCGGAGUGCAGCUGGUGGUGACCCUGCUCACUGCCACUCUGAUGCACAGGCUGGCACCUCACUGCUCUUUUGCACGCUGGCUGCUCUGCAAUGGCAGUCUCUUCCGAUACAAGCAACCUUCUGAGGAAGAGCUUCGGGCCCUGGCAGGGAGGCAAAGGCCCAGAGGCAGGAAGGACCGCUGGGCCAAUGGCUAUAGUGAAGAAAAAACUUUAUGUGUCCCCCGAGAUGCCCCUUUCCAGCUGCAGACCUGCCCGCUCACAGCCGUGGAUGCCCUGGUCCUGCGCUUCUUCCUGGAAUACCAGUGGUUUGUGGACUUUGCUGUAUACUCGGGUGGCGUGUACCUCUUCACAGAGGCCUACUACUAUGUUCUGGGCCCAGCCAGGGAGACCAACAUUGCUGUGUUUUGGUGUCUGCUUACCAUUGCCUUCUCCAUCAAGGUGUUUCUGACAGUGACUCGGCUGUACUUCAGCGCCAAGGACCAGGGAGAACGCUCCGUCUGCCUCACCUUUGCCUUCCUCUUCCUGCUUCUGGCCAUGCUGGUGCAGGUUGUGCCAGAGGAGACCCUCGAGCUAGGCCUGGAGCCAGGCCUGGCCAGUAUGACCCAGAACUUGGAGCCACUUCUGAAGAUGCAGGGCUGGGACUGGAUGCUUCCUCUGGUCAAGCUGGUCAUCCGCGUGGGACUUUCAGUCCUGGGCUCCAUGCUGGGCGCCUUCCUCACCUUCCCAGGCCUGCGGCUGGCCCAGACCCACCGAGACGCGCUGACCAUGUCAGAAGAUCGGCCCAUGCUGCAGUUUCUCCUGCACACCAGCUUCCUGUCUCCCCUGUUCAUCCUGUGGCUCUGGGCCAAGCCCAUUGCUCGGAACUUCCUGUACCGGGCACCCCUUGGGGGCACACCCUUCUUCCUGCUAUCAGACUCAGCCUUUGACUCACUGCGCCUCUGGGUGCUGGUGGCACUGUGCCUACUGCGGCUGGCAGUGAUCCGGCCCCACCUGCAGGCCUACCUGUGCCUGGCCAAGGCCCGAGUGGAGCAGCUGAGGCGGGAGGCUGGCCGCAUUGAGGCCUGUGAGAUCCAGCGGCGGGUAGUACGGGUCUACUGUUACCUGACAGUGGUGAGCCUGCAGUACCUGACGCCACUCAUCCUCACUCUCAAUUGCACACUGUUGCUCAAGACGCUGGGUGGCUACUCUUGGGGCCUGGGCCCAGCCCUCCCACUAUCCCCAGUUUUGACAGCAGCCCAAGAUGGCCCAAUGGGCCCCAAAGAGGACGAAGCCCAGCAGGCGGUGGCCCAGAUCACUGGGGCCCUGGGUGGCGUGCUCACACCCUUCUUCCUCCGUGGCAUCCUGGCCUUCCUCAUCUGGUGGACUGCUGCCUGCCAGCUGCUUUCCAGCCUCUUCGGCCUCUACUUCCACCAGCACCUGGCAGGCUCCUAGCCACCUGAAGAGACGCCUGGGCCCCAUGACCACUCCCUCUGUGUGUAACUCAGUAUCCCCGGGUGCAAGUGGGCCGGGGUGUCCCCAGGGUGCUCAACGCUUCACUGCAGUGCCUGCACGGCUCCCUUUGAACCCUGAGCUUCUGCUUCAAAACUAUCUGCUGAGGCCAGUGGCAGGGGUCUCAGCCACUGCUCCUGGAUUGCAUGUGUGCAUUCAGGUUUGACAGCAGAACAACAACGGAGAGGUGGCUUUUACAAAACAGGGAAACAGGCCCAGACUGGUUUGGCUCAGCUGUUAGAGCAUAGGCCGGAGGAUUGAAGGUUUACGAAUUCGAUUCCCAAUCAGGGGCGUGUGCCUGGGUUGCGGGUUUGAUCCCUGACCCCUCAGGGUUGUGCAGGAGGCAAC